AUGGAUCGACUGAUAGAGAGUCUAUCUCAUGUAGUGAUAGAAAAUGGCAGUCUUGGUUCGAUCAAUUAUCUACACUCUCGAAAUGAAAAUGGUGUUAAAGAUAACACACAUUCCUUUGAAUCAGAAGAAAGUAUUGUUAUGAAAAACAAAUACAAUCAAAUUAGUAAUUCAAAAAAUGACAAUUUAGUGCGAUCCAGUAUCUAUAAUAAUGAUUUAAGUCAUAUUUAUUCUCAUCAGAUAAGUGAUUGUUUUGUGAAAAGUGAUAGUGAAACAGACAACUCUAGACACAAAAUAAGAGAUAGUUUUGAAGCUUCCGGAGGAUUUCGAGAAACAUUGGGAGCGAAUAUUCUUAAAAGGUUUAUAAUUGAUUGCGAUGGGUCUCGUAAUCCGAGUGGUCCAACAGCUAAUUUACUAACGGAGAGUGUAUUGGAUAAUUUUGAACAAUCUGUACAACUAGAUGAGAAGAAGACCGCUUCAGAUAUUGCUAUGAAAUACUCUCCUGAAGAUAUUAUUUUAUCUAAGGUUAGGGGAAUUUUUAUGACUCGCUAUAGUCGUGAUUCAAUAACGCAAGAACAAAUAAAUACAUUUAAACCUAACACAAAAAAGAAAAACAAAGUAAAUGGACCGAUGGAAAGGUUGAUCAGCAAUUUUGAUAUGGAAGCUGCAUAUAAAGAUAUGGAAGCUGCGUUUUCAGAAGCUAUAGACGAUUGCUAUGCGAGGUUUUUCACAAAUCUUCCUGUUAAUUUACUAGAGGAUGCAAUUCAUUUAUACUUUCAAAUACAGGCCGCUUAUUGGUGGUACGAGGAUAUGUGGUACGAUAAAUACUCACAUGUGUUACCAAAGCUUUCUUUACGUGUUUUUGGACAAUUUGUGGCUGAAGAUUGCCCAAUCCUGCGGCACUUUGUUUCAUCUCCUGAAGAGCACGACAAAUUUCUCUUAAAUUGGAAACGGUAUUGCAAGACAAUCCCUCUCAGAGGAGUAAUAUUAAUUAACAGAGAAUUCACAAAGUGCGUAUUGGUAAAACCAUGGAAUGGCAACAGGUUUAUGUUUCCUAGAGGGAAAAUGGAUGAAAUGGAGGAAGACAGUCUUUGCGCAAUUCGUGAAGCAUAUGAAGAACUUGGAAUAGACGUGACUAAACAUCUCAAUGAUUCAAUCUAUAUUGAGAAACAAGUAGAAGAACAAACAAUCAAGUUAUUUUUAAUACCCGGAAUUGAUGAAAACACUCCAUUGGAACCAAAGAAAAGAAAAGAAAUUUCAGAAAUCAGGUGGUUUAAUUUUACAUCACUUCCAAAUUGGAAUGUUAGUAAUUCAAUUAAACACAGAAAACCCAGAAAUUCGGAUAACUUCGUACAUAAUGAUAGUAAUAUGCACCUUAUCUCAAAUGAUUGUGUUUCUUGUGUUGAUAAACAAGAUGUUCAUAAUAGUGAAGACGAAGAUCUGAUUGAAAGUAAUGAGAGAGUUCAUGAGAAUUUGCAAUCAAUUAAUGAAAAACCGGACUCAAGCCAAUUUUUUAGAGUUUCACAUUUUAUGCGUAAUUUACGUGGUUGGAUUGAAGUUUUGAAAAAAAUUCCACUAUAUAAUCCGAGCAAUCCUGAUGGAAUUAUUCCAAACUUACCCAAAAAUCUGAACCCAGCAGUAAUAAGAAGACUGCAGAAUGCAGACCUUGGAGGGCCACCCUUAUCUAACCUUCCUUUAUUUGUAAGAGUUAAAUGUAAUAUUAAUGAGAGAAAAGGACAGACAUCAUCUACAUCUCAAAUUUUCUCUCAGAAUAGCAAAAAAAAAUCAAAGCAAUAUAUUUCUGAUGCCAUAAAAGACAAAAGGACGUUUGGCACAAAAGCAGGUUCUGGUUGGGAUGUUGAAUCCAUGUUUGCACUGAAUGAACAAAAAUUUGGAGUUAAAUCAACAUUUUCUUUGGAUGAAUACACAAUUCCUCUACCAAAAAUAAAGCAAAAAAAGUAG